AUGCUUCUUGCCAGGCUACGAGAAAGGUACCCUUUUAUUUGAAACACCUUAUGGAAGUUGUUGGGUUCGCUGCCUUCAGAACAUCCCACACAUCUUAUAAGAUGAUCUGAAUAAAGGUUAGAAAAAGUGACAUUUCCCUCCAGCAGGACAACAAUGUCUCCCCUGUGAAAUGUUAAAAUAAAACAAUACAUUUGGGGGGACAGGUUCCUCAGGGCUCCAGGCCCUUAGAAGUGGGCCAAGCAGCCUGGCCCUAGCUUCACUACUGGGGACAAGAGAUUAUAUUAGCCCAAGUCAUUUGACAUUUCAAAAUACUCAUUUUUCAAAAACAUUUUGUCCUGCAGUACGGGAGACGGCUGUUCAUCAAACAAAAGUUCAGAGCUGCCAUGGAUACAUGUAAGUAGUUCCACACUUUUUUUUUUAAUGUAUGCUGAUUAAUUUAUGGAUUAAAUCAAAUAAAUGUUGCAGCCCUGUAAAUUAUAAAUAACAUACCAAACAACAAAAAUCACCAGUCUGUAGACCUCGGAAUGGUAAGGGCAGCAAAUGUUAAAAGUCAUCUCUCCGCAAAUUUCUGUAAGAUGGAGAGGCGGUGUAUCUAAUCGAGUCAGCCCUGCCAAAAGCCAGAGAUUGGCAUGAAAUAAUAUCCUUCUAAAUUAUAAUAGCCAACUGUUUUUAAUUUGACACACAUCCCUGCUGAAACAAAAUUCCAGAGCAUGUAAUAGCUGUCUAACUGCAUUUUUAGACCUGCAAUUCCAGACGUUAUAUUUUUCUUUCUUUGAUCUUAAAUCCUUCCUGCUAAAAAGAAAAGAAAAGAAAAGAAAAAUACCCCUCUUUUGUAGGGGAUUUUAAUGGUAUUGAAAAACGUACUUCGCUUCCAAGAAACUUCCAACCACAACAGUUACUAUAAUUAGGAAAAAGACAAAUCAAGUGUGAAAUUAAUUACAGACUUGUUUUGAAUUGACUUGUUUUGGGAGCAGUGGCGUAGCGUGGGGGGUGCAGGGGGGGCCAGCCGCACCGGGCGCAACAUCUGGGGGGGGCGCGCUCGCACUCGCAGCUCUCUGCCCCUACCUGGCUCACUCACUCUCUCUCACUGCAGUGCUGGCUGUGCGAAUCCGAUCCGAGCCGCUGGGUCGCCACCCACUGUGGAGGGGUGGGUGCCAGGCGUGCGGUGCGGAGAGAGAGCGAGGGACUAUCUGGGGGAGGGACAGUGCAGCGGCCGCCCAGCGCAGCGCUGAGCGCGGGAGAGAACCACACCAGACCAGCCCAGGCAGCAGCAAGAAGAAGCUGGCAGCGGCGGCAGGUUAGGGGUUAGGGGGCGCAAAUUACUUGCCUUGCACCGGGUUAGGGGGCGCAAAUUACUUGCCUUGCCCCGGGUGCUGACAACCGACGCUACACCGCUGUUUGGGCGUAGUAUCUCAGAGGUAGGGGAACUUUUUCAGCUAAGGGACCAUGUUUCUAAAUGGACAACCAUGGUGGGUGUGGCCAGACACACCCUAUCUCCUAUCCAGGUAAGUAAGAGGUGUUAUCAUGGUUUGAGGACACAUUUCAGACAGGUGAAAUGACAACAGGAUGUGGUCUGGAGGACACAACCUGGAUAGAGUCCCGACGGCUUGAUAGAGAGGUCAAAUGUUCCUUCCCCCUAUUGCAGGCGCGUCCAACUCCCAAGAGACUAUGAUCUACUCACAUUAUAAAAAUACUGGCUGUGAUCAACCCAUUGUUAUUGACAGGCAAAGUUGUUGAGCUUUUAUUAGAGGUGGCAAAGGUUUUUUUUUGGGGGGGAUCACUGAGCGUCACGUGAUCUACCGCAAUCUACAACAGACGUCCAGUGAUCUAACAGUAGAUUGUGAUCUAGCUGUUGGACAUGCCUGCCCUUCAUUGACUCCCAGUAUGUUUCUGAUGACAAUUCAAACUGUUGUUGCUGACCUUUAAAGCCCUAAACGGCCUUGGCCCAGUUUACCUGAAGGAGCAUCUCCACCCCCAUCGUUCAGCCCAGACACUGAGGUCCAGCUCUGAGGGCCUUCUGGCGGUUCCCUCAUUGUGAGAAGUGAGGUUACAGGGAAGCAGGCAGAGGGCCUUUUCGGUAGUGGCGCCCGCCCUGUGGAACACCCUCCCAUCAGAUGUCAAAGAAAUAAACAACUAUCUGACUUUUAGAAAGCAUCUGAAGGCAGCCCUGUUUAGGGAAGUUUUUAAUGUUUGAUGACUUAUCAUGCUUUUAAUAGUCUAUUGAGAGCCACUCAGAGUGGCUGGGGAAACCCAGCCAGAUGGGUGGGGUACAAAUAAUAAGCUGCUAUUAUCAUCAUCAUCAUCAUCAUCAUCAUCAUCAUCAUCAUCAUUAUUUCUCCCACCAACUUCUUUGCAACUAACCAAGCUUCACUAGAACCACCCAUGCUCAAAUGUAUGCUCCAUCUUUAGUUAUUAUUGAAUUAUACCUCUUCAGGCAGAGGCUUCCCCAGAUUCCGGAACCUGGCAUGAUCAAGGUUCCAAGAACUGUGGAAGAAUUCAUAACCUCACAAAGGUGCCACUGCCUCAGACAGCCAUGGUGGCACAGGGACUGGGGUGGAGAAGGAUCAUGGUUCAGAAAUCAAUUACCUGCUUGGCAUGCAGAAGGUGCCUGGCUAGGGAUAUCACCUGUCUGAAAAUCCAAAGAGCCACUGUUAGUCAAUGUAAAGGUAAAGGAACCCUGGACAGCUAAGUCCAGUCAAAGGUGACUAUGGGGUUGUGGCACUCAUCUCGCUUUCAGGCCGAGGGAGCCGGCGUUUGUCCACAGGGGGGUCACAUGGCCAGCAUGACUAAACCGCUUCUGGUGUAAUCUCUAACAUGCUUCGAUUAAUUUCUGCAAUGUUAUAUGAGACAAAGAUCCUGAUGAAUUUAUGAGAAGUUAAAGGAUAUAUAAAUAUGCAGUCCACAAGGAAACGUAGGACCCAUACUGAGGAUGACGGAAGUCUUAACAUAUGGGGGGGGGAACAUUUUAUAACUUACAUUUUCUUUGUAUUUGAUGCAGUCUGUUGUUUCUUUUGUUUUGUUUGUGGUGAAGGGACUUAAUAUGUAAAAUAAUAAAGAUUAAAAUGCAUAAUAAUAAUAAUAAUAAUAAUAAUAAUAAUAAUCCUGUAAGGCCAAGUUUAGGGACGCGGGUGGCGCUGUGGGUUAAACCACAGAGCCUAGGACUUGCCGAUCAGAAGGUUGGCGGUUCGAAUCCCCAUGACAGGGUGAGCACCCGUUGCUCGGUCCCGGCUCCUGCCAACCUAGCAGUUCAAAAGCACGUCAAAGUGCAAGUAGAUAAAUAGGUACCGCUCCGGUGGGAAGGUAAACGGUGUUUCCGUGUGCUGCUCUGGUUCACCAGAAGCGGCUUAGUCAUGCUGGCCACAUGACCCGGAAACUGUAUGCCGGCUCCCUUGGCCAAUAAAGCAAGAUGAGCGCCGCAACCGCAGAGUUGGCCACGACUGGACCUAACGGUCAGGGGUCCCUUUACCUCUUUACUCUAAGGCCAAGUUUGCUAAGAAUCUGACCCAUGGAGCCAGAAAGAUUAUUCAUCCUUGCUUCAGCUGAACCACCAGAAGUCCCUGCUGCUGCUGUUCUCUGUUUGUGUGUGUUUUGACAAGGAGGGAACCAUGACAGGCUGCAAAUUUAGCAGGUUGAGGACCCUGUGAGAUUGCCCCUUUCCUUUCUGACAAGAGAUGCAGGGCGGGAAUUUGCCAUCUAAACCUUAGCAUGGCAAGCUGCCACCCUCAGCCAAUGCUAUCCCUGUUAUUGAUUAGUUUAAAUUCCUUGAAAAUAUGUUUGCAACCAAAUUGCUGGUGCAAUUUUAACAGUAGCUGCACGAACGGCAACCCGUCUAAUAUAGAAAUGAAGACGAUCAGCAUCUAUCUCGAUAAAACAGAAAACAUAAGCGGAAUGCAUAGAUCUUCACUUGUGGCUCCUCGGGGGAUAUCUUAACUGCUGGGCACUGCCAAAGUGGGUCAUUUUUCUUGAGAUUUACCUUGCAUAAAAAAGACUGGAGUCACUUCCUGCGUUUUCAGCCCAUAUUACUCAAUUUCUACUCACAGCACAUAAUGUUCGCUUGUCAAGAAAAAUCAUCACCAAGCAGUUCCGAGUAUGUUUAUAAGAUUCUUUUAUGGGCUGCCACUAAUGGAUGGAUGUCAUCAAGACAAACCAUUUUGGCAUAAAUUCCCUUCCCCCAAACCCCUCUGUAUUUGUGCUGUGCAAUGGUUUUUGCGGAGGUUUACAUGAGACAUUUCUAUUUUACGAGACAUAAAGAAAUUUACAUAUAUAGUGGGCUUUUCUCUCUCUUCACCCCGCCCUCCAAAAGUGCCACAUCAUUAAGGGAAAUUGCAACAGUCUAUGCCCAUUAGUUUAAAAUGGUGUGUUUGUCCUUAACAAAAGCUGGUUCUGCACAAUAUUGCAUUAUAUUGAGGUUUAUGGGCUGAUUAUUUCAGAGAUAGAAGGGAUUUUUCUUGUUGUUUUGGUAAACUCUAGAUUUUCUUUUUUCUUUUUCUAAUGAUUUUUCGCUGACCUUAAUGGGCAAGUGAGAAUUGCUUUGGAACAAAACCAUACACAUUUUUUUAAAAACAGAGUUAAAUUUUUGGGGAAUGCAACAUGCUGAUUUGACCUAAUAUAUGAUUUUGAGCCCUGCCAUCAUAUUAUUUGAGUAGCCAAUGCCCUGAAUUUUAAAAGCUGACUUCAUUCCGACUUUGAAAUUUGACCUCCUGCCUUCUGGUGUUUCAUCUUCACUGUAGGGAUCCUAAAGGACAUUAGUACUGAAGGCAUACUUUCUGACAGGUAAACUUGCUCGGUAAGCCUGAAAUAAGCCUCAUAAAAUGCAAUGUGAUAAAUCAGAGGAGCUCUUUCCACAGUUCGUAUGCUUGGCAAAUCAGUCACAAUUGUUGUUUUUGUUGUUUAGUCGUGUCUGACUCUUCGUGACCUCAUAGACCAGAGCACGCCAGGCACUCCUGUCUUCCACUGCCUCCCGCAGUUUGGUCAGACUCAUGCUGGUAACUUCGAGAACACUGCCCAACCAUCUCAUCCUCUGUCGUCCCCUUUUCCUUGUGCCCCCCAUCUUUCCCAACAUCAGGGUCUUUUCCAAGGAGUCGAGUCUUCUCAUGAGGUGGCCAAAGCUUCAGGAUCUGUCCUUCCAGUGAGCACUCAGGGCUGAUUUCCUUCAGAAUGGAUAGAUUUAAUCUUCUUGCAGUCCAUGGGACUCUCAAGAGUCUCCCCCAGCACCAAAAUUCAAAAGCAUCAAUUCUUCGGCGAUCAGCCUUCUUUAUGGUCCAGCUCUCACUUCCAUACAUCACUACUGGGAAAAUCAUAGCUUUAACUAUACGGACCUUUGUUGGCAAGGUGAUGUCUCUGCUUUUUAAGGUGCUGUCUAGGUUCCUUCUUAGUUCAGUCCUUCUGCCUCUCCGGACUCUUUCUAGAACUCGGAUGGGGAACCUGUGGUUCUUGAGAUGUUGUUGGGCCCCCCCAGCUUUCAUCAGCCCCCCACAGCUUGGCCAAUGAUCUGGGAUGAGGGCCACAGGCAAUGGCAAGCAAAGGGGAAUGGCUCAGUUAAAUGAAUGGUUGUUAGAGCUAGGUUCCCAUGUGAUCUGUGACAAACAGGCACCUGAGACAGAAGCAGUUCCACAGUAUAGGUUCUGUAUGUGCCAAAGGAUGACAAUGGAAUCACAGAAUGGCAGAGCUGGAAGGGGCCACAAGUGCCAUCUAGUCCAACCCCCUGCAAGGUAAGAAUCUUUCACCCAACGUGGGGCUCUGACCCAUGACCUUGAGAUUAAGGGGCCUCGUGCUGUACCAUCUGAGCUAUCUGUAUGAUUCUGAUUGAUAUUCCAGCUUGAUUGUAAUACAGUGGUACCUCGGGAUGUGAACAGGAUCUGUUCCGGAGCCCCGUUCACAUCCCAAAGAGAACGGAAGAUGCGACAGCGCAUUUGCGCAUGCACGGGUCACAUUUCACUGCUUCCGCGCAUGCACAUGAUGUCAUUUUGACCAUCUGUGCAUGUAUUAGUGGUGAAACCUGGAAGUAAUGUGCUCCGUUACUUCCAGGUCGCAGCGGAGUGCAACCUGAAAGCACUCAACCUGAAGCGUAUUUAUCCCGAGGUAUGACUGUACUGUAUUGGCCUGAAUACAAGCCUCACUUUUUUUCACAAAUUCCAACCAUGAAAAGUUAAACUGUGGCUUAUAUUUGUGACUUUACAGUAUGCAGCCAGAAGCGCAGGGCAAACAGCGCCAGGAGUGUGGCAAAGCAGCGCCGGCCCCAUGCGUAGUCCCCCAUCCUCUCCGCCGAGGCUGGGCGACAUCCCUCCCAGAUAGUCCCUGCUCUCUCCGCACCUUGCGCCACCCACCCCUGCAGUGAGCGGCGGCCAACGUGCCGGGCAGCCAGCACUCGAGUAGUAGUAGUGGCCCAGGCAGAGCAACGAUGCGUCUUGCCCAAUGUUGUGCCUGUUCAGCUGUCGCACCCCCCAGUAUGCAGCCAGGAGCUGUAAGGGAUGCAGUGCUUAUAUUCAUGCAUUUUUAAUAUUUUUUUCUCGUCCCCCACCCUCUAAUUUUAAAGGUAUGGCUUAUAUUCAGGUGCGGCUUAUAUUCGGGCCAAUACGGUAAUGUGAGAAUACUGUCCAAAUGAGCAAGCUCCAAAUCUCCUUAAAAAAGGUAAUAAAAAACCCAAAGGUUCCAAUGUCCAAAGAACAAUAGAAUUCAUCUCAGAAAAGAUGCUCUCCAUUGUCGUGCCUCUAAUGCACUCCGAGAUAUUGGAGAUUCCAUAAGAUAACAGAAGCUUGCAGUAGUAUGGGAAAAGUCAAGGUCACAAUCUCUCGCGGAAUCAUGCUAUACCAAAUAUGGGUGUUUGGCAUUUUGCUUUCUCAUUUGCAAACUUUCACCUUAUACUCAGGUCAGGCUGUUCAAGUGUGGCGCUUUUCUCUCAGAUUCAAUAAACACAUUCCAAUUCACGACCCCAUGGACCCUGGGCUCGAAAG